AUGAGCUCUCUUCGCUUCGCUCGCUCUGCCCUCAGGGCUCGUCCCUCUGCUCUCCGCGUUCCUCUCCAGCGCAGAGGUUACGCUGAGGCUGUGUCGGACAAGAUCAAGCUUUCCCUGGCCCUUCCUCACCAGACCAUUUUCAAGUCGACCGGCGUUGUCCAGGUCAACAUCCCCGCCGAGUCCGGAGAGAUGGGUGUCCUCGCCAACCACGUUCCCUCCAUUGAGCAGCUCAAGCCCGGUCUUGUUGAGAUCGUUGAGGAGGGUGGUGCCAACAAGAAGUUCUUCCUUUCUGGUGGUUUCGCCGUCGUUCAGCCUGACUCCGCUCUGAGCAUUAACGCCGUGGAGGCAUACCCCCUCGAGGACUUCAGCGCCGAUGCUGUCAAGUCCCAGAUUGCCGAGGUUCAAAAGAUUGCCAGUGGCAAUGGCAGCGAGCAGGACAUUGCUGAGGCUAAGAUUGAGCUGGAGGUUCUGGAGACCCUUCAAGCCGUCCUGAAAUAG